AUGCUUAAAGCACGGAUAAACGACGAGAAAAAACCUUACUGUGGUAAUCCUGCAGAUUCUUUCAUACGAUGCACUCUAUAUAGCAAAUUGACGGAUACAUUUUCGGAAGAAAUUAAGACUGACCAAAUUAUCCAACUUAAUCAUAUUCAUAUUCGAACAAAUCCGGGAAGACUACCGUCGUUAUAUGGGAAAUUGAGUGAAGAUGGAUUCACCAUCGUAUUAAUUAGUGAUCAUCCAGGCAGUGGAUAUAAUGUCGUUUUCCAUUCAUGCGCCAACUACAGUUUACCCGAAAACUGCCAAGAAAUGAUUGCUGCACUACAAAUUUAUUCAAAUAAUGUGCCUGUUGCCUCAUCUGCAGCUAUUUCUGUUCGUGACAAUACACUUGGUUUCAGUAAUGGAAGUAAAACAAUUUGCCGUUUGAAUGAACUUGUGCGUUUUCAAUAUCACAACAUCGUGGUACAGGUA